GCCGCCGCUCACAGCGCCCACUAUAUUGCAGGGAGCCUGAGAACGCUUUGCCCCCUUUUUGCUCUGACUUUCGUCGAGUCUUCACCGCACACUGAAUCGGGCCGGACAGUCAUGGCUGGAUAUUUGAAAGUCCUCAGCUCCCUCUCGAGAUCGGCCGGCGCCGCUUUUUCCAGAAACCCCGCGGUGCUGGCGUCGGCUGGGAACUGCCAGACUUUGCAACAACGAAACUAUGCUGACAAGCGCAUCAAAGUGGCCCAGCCAGUGGUGGAGAUGGAUGGAGACGAGAUGACCCGCAUCAUCUGGGAGUUCAUCAAAGAGAAGCUCAUCCUCUCCAAUGUUGAUGUUGAGCUCAAGUAUUACGACCUGGGUCUGCCUUAUCGCGACCAGACUGAUGACCAGGUUACCAUCGACUCCGCCAUUGCUACAAAGAAAUACAAUGUGGCAGUGAAAUGUGCCACCAUCACACCUGAUGAAGCCAGAGUAGAAGAGUUCAGCCUGAAGAAGAUGUGGAAGAGCCCCAACGGAACCAUCAGGAACAUCCUGGGCGGCACCGUCUUCCGUGAGCCAAUCCUCUGCAAGAACAUUCCCAGGCUUGUUCCAGGCUGGACACAGCCCAUCACCAUCGGCAGACAUGCCUUUGGCGAUCAGUAUAGAGCAACAGACUUUGUUGUUGACCAACCCGGCAAAUUCAAGAUUAUCUUCUCACCUGCUGAUGGAAGUGCAAAGACGGAAUGGGAAGUGUAUGACUUUCCUGGCGGUGGCUGUGGAAUGGGAAUGUACAACACAGACGAGUCCAUUACAGGAUUUGCACACAGCUGCUUCCAGUAUGCCAUUUCCAAGAAGUGGCCCCUGUACAUGAGCACGAAGAACACCAUUCUUAAAGCCUACGACGGCAGAUUUAAGGACAUUUUCCAGGAUAUCUUUGAAAAGAACUACAAGCCUGAGUUUGACAAGCUGAAGAUCUGGUACGAGCACAGGCUUAUUGAUGAUAUGGUCGCCCAAGUGCUGAAAUCUUCUGGAGCUUUUGUGUGGGCUUGCAAGAACUACGAUGGAGACGUACAGUCUGACAUCCUUGCACAGGGUUUUGGCUCUCUCGGGCUCAUGACAUCAGUCCUUGUGUGCCCUGAUGGCAAGACUAUUGAGGCGGAGGCUGCCCAUGGCACUGUGACCAGGCACUAUCGUGAGCACCAGAAGGGAAGGCCGACCAGCACCAACCCUAUUGCUAGCAUCUUCGCCUGGACCCGGGGCCUGGAGCAUCGUGGCAAACUCGAUGGCAAUCCCGAUCUUAUAAAGUUCUCGCAGACACUGGAGAGAGUCUGUGUUGAAACUGUUGAGAGCGGCACCAUGACUAAGGACCUGGCUGGCUGCAUCCACGGCCUGUCCAAUGUCAAGCUCAACGAGCACUACGUCAAUACUACAGACUUCCUCGACGCCAUCAAGACAAAUCUGGAUAAAGCUCUCGGCAAGUGAAGGAACUUGAAAGAAUAUGGUUAGCCUGGAGCUGGCAGCGUCACUCUUAUGUUUUUGUACCUCAUUUUUAACUUAAAGGUCAAUAAUUCACUUGCAUUAUGUCUGAAGGAUAAUUAAAAGUUGUCUGUAGGAUUACGUAGCGUUGUGGUAGGUUCUAACACAACCGAGAGCUGUCCUUCCACCUGGCACCUUCCUCUCUGUACCAUUAUUCAAAAGGUUUUAUAUUUGUGAUGUGAAGUACUGUAUUCAAUGCUCUAUAAUGCCUUGGGGCAGGACUGAAGCAUGUGUCAUACACAUUUGCCAAUAAAUACUUGGUUUUACCCAUUAAA